AUGUCCGCCAUCCGUGCCUUCGCAACCCGUCGCGCUCCCGUCGCCUUUGUCCAGCGUGCGGCCUUCUCCCAGUCAAUAGCCCGCACCGCCGGCAAGGAGUCAACUCUCCAUUCCGAGAACCGUGCCGAGGAGGUUGAGAAGAAGAAGCAGGAGCAGCUGAACAAGCAAAAGCAGGGCAAGGGUUCUUGGGAGGAGCAGCUUGCCAGUGACAGCGAGAGCGCUGUCAAGGCGGAUCGUUCCGAGACCGGCAAGGACACCAAGCAGCAGAUCAAGGAGCUGCAGGAUGAGGCGAAGAAGGUCGGCCAGUAA